AUGUCCGGUCGCUGCACUAUGGUUUCGACGAUCGCCUUUGUCGCACUCACCAAUGGCAUGCCCAUCGUCACAGACAUCGCCGAUACUCAUCACGAUAUGCUUUCUCAUCUUCCUUCAACUAGGAUCGCGCCGAGUUCUAACAAUAUUGUUCAGCGCUCCGCCUGCGAAUCCGACGCAGACAGCAGCAGCAUGUCCCGCGACUGCCCCCACGCCAUCAACUCUGCCCUGCGCGCUUCCAUAGCCCUUUUCAGUCUUUUCAUCCUGCUGGUCCUGAUUCACGUCUGGCAAGCGGCGAAAUACAACAGAAUUCAUACAAACUUGCCAUCUCUCUUCACUUCCUCCCACUUCUAUCUAGUGCAACGCAACGCAGCCACUUACACCAUGCCCGCCAACAUCGUCGCCCGCAUCGCCGCCCGCCGCGCUGCCACCUUUUCCACAUCUGCGCGCGCCCUGAAGCCGUCUGCCGAAUCUGGUGUCGACAUGGGCGGCCCUUCUGGGAGCUCUUGGGCAUGGCGCAACCUCUCGCCCAAGACGCGCCAGUACGUCAAGAUGGGCGCCGCGACCUGCGUCGCCACCGAUGCCUUUGUCUUGUACAAUUACCCCGACUGGGUUGGUGUGAAGAAGGCUUCCGCGUGA